AUGGACAUAUUUUCGGAGUCAAUUGGAAACGUCAAUAACAAGCAGACAAUCAGCUUUGAACACCUGUGGGAAUGGACUGGCAAGCUCGGGAACUUCGCUAGGCCGGGCUAUCUCCCGGCAAACUUGAGCGACUUUGUCAUCCCAUUGCUGAAUAUCAAUAAAGAAGGGAAGCUGCAGCGCGAGAUCAAGGACAUCAUUGAUGAACUCGAUAUCAUGAUCUACAUCAGCACCCAGCAGAGGGACGUCAUUAAGAAGUUCAAGAAAGAGGUCACACACAUACUCGAUCCGUCGGGGACCUGGAAGGACAAGCUGCCUACUACCCCAAUCAGUAAUUCCAAAGACACCAAAGAUCAAAAGCGGCAGAACGACUAUUUCUGGUUUGUCAAUACGGCUGACGAGUUGCUGGGUGAUGUUGACGACCAGAUCGGAGAGCUGGAGGGUUUGAGGAAGAGUGCUGAGAGCACGUCAACGAGUCUGGACCACCUUCUCAAUCUCAAACAGCAGCAAGCCUCUGUGUUUCAGACUUGGCAGUCCACAAAGCAAGCCGAGGAAACGAUGAGGCAAGGUCGAGCCAUUAUAAUCUUCACCGUAAUGACUAUCAUCUUCCUGCCACUUGGAUUCAUCGCAAGUAUCUUUGGCAUGAACAACAAGCAGACCUCGGGCGACGAAAUGCCAAUGACUCUUCGAAGCCAGUUCAGAUACAUGUUCCCAAUAUCGACCGGGAUAAUCAGCUUCGCCCUCGUCAUCGCCUUCAGCGACUACGUCCGGACCGUCAUCUGGCUCAUCUACAAGUACCUCACCACCCUCACGGUUAUCAAGUCCGGCCUGUACGACAGGGUGUACCUGAGCCUCGACUGGAAGAGCAAAGACCUGGUGAGGAACGUCGAGGACCGCGUGGCGCAGAUGAAGGCGGACGUGAAAGAAGCGAGGCAGAAGCGAGUCAAGAAACACAACAGGUACUCCUCCAGCCCUGGGGAUGAAGGCUCCCUUCGAAGCGACGCCAGGGAUGAAGGAUCCGGCUCUGGGACAACCGGCGGGUCAAACCACAACACUGCGACCGCAGCGGACGGUUCGUCGUCGUCCGGCAGCCGCCUCCGGCCCCGCUCCUUGCGGCUGGGUGGAAGGCGGGCGGGCGAUGAGGACCGGCCCCAUGUCAUCCAUAUGGGUGCCCUCAGUCCUGCCAACCCUACCAGCGCUGCUUCGACAGUGCCACCGACUCCAGCGAGGAACCCGGUCGCGCAUGCUACCUCGGCGCCGGGGCUGCUGGAGCCGUGA